AGGAGACAGGCUAGGGGAGGAAGUGGCCGGCGAUGUCGACGGUCAACAAGAAGAAGGUGGCGUGCGUCACCGGAGGCAGCGGGUACAUCGCCUCCGCGCUCAUCAAGAUGCUGUUGGAGAAAGGGUAUGCCGUGAAGACGACGGUCAGGAACCCCGAUGACACGGCGAAGAACUCCCACCUCAGGGAGUUGCAGGCGCUCGGCCCCCUGACGGUCCUCCGCGCCGACUUGGACGAAGAAGGCAGCUUCGACGAUGCCGUCGCCGGCUGCGACUACGCCUUCCUCGUCGCCGCCCCGGUGAACCUCGAGACGGAGAAUGCUGAGGAAGAACUGAUCGAGCCAGCAGUCCGGGGAACCCUGAACGUGAUGCGGUCGUGCGCCAAGGCGGGCACCGUGAAGCGCGUGGUCCUGACCUCGUCGGCGUCCUCGGUCACCAGGCGGCCGGAUCUGCAAGGCGACGGGCAUGUCCUGGACGAGGAGUCCUGGUCCGACGUCGAGCACCUCAGAGCCGAGAAGCCGCCGACCUGGGGGUACUGCGUGUCCAAGGUGCUCGUGGAGAAGGCGGCGAGUAGGUUCGCGCAGGAGCACAGCAUCAGCCUCGUCACCCUCUGCCCCGUCGUCACCGUCGGCGCCGCGCCGGCGCGGAGAACCCGCACCAGCGUCCCCAACUGCCUCUCCCUUCUGUCCGGCGACGAGGCAGAGUUCGCCGUGCUGGCAGCCAUCGAGAAGUCUUGCAGCACGAUGCCGCUGGUUCACCUCGACGACGUCUGCCGCGCCGAGCUGUUCGUCGCCGAGGAGCCGGCGGCCGCGGGGAGGUACCUCUGCUCCAGCCUCGACACCACCAUCCGCGAGCUCGCACGCUUCCUGGCACACAAGUACCCGCAGUACCCCGUGAAAACAAACCUGCUCUCCGGCGACCUGCUUGAGAAGCCAAGAAUGCGCCUGUCGUCGGCGAAGCUGAUGAGGGAAGGGUUCGAGUACAAGUACGAGACGCUGGAUGGGAUGUACGACGACAUGAUCGAAUACGGCAAGGCUUUGGGAAUUCUCCCCAACCCACAGUGUAAGUGUAACUGUGCUCGUUCUCUCUACCAGACAGCCAUGGCGGUUCCAGGUGCCGUGAAGACGGCGUGCGUCACGGGAGGCAACGGGUACAUCGCCUCAGCGCUCGUGAAGAUGCUGCUGGAGAAGGGCUACGCUGUCAAGACGACCGUCAGGGACCCUGGUGACAUGGAGAAGAACUCCCACUUGAAGCGCUUGCAGGCGCUCGGGCACUUGGAGGUCCUCCGCGCCGACUUGGACGAGGAGGGCAGCUUCGACGAGGCGGUCGCCGGCUGCCACUACGCCUUCCUCGUCGCCGCUCCGGUGAACCUCGCGUCGGAGAAUCCCGAGGAAGAACAGAUCGGGCCUGCCGUCCGAGGGACCCUGAACGUGCUGAGGUCGUGCGCGAAGGCGGGGACGGUGAAGCGCGUGAUCCUGACCUCGUCGGCGGCCGCCGUGGUGCCCAGCGGCAGAGGGUCGCCGCGAGGAGACGGCGGCGGACGUGUGAUGGACGAGGAGACCUGGCCCGACGUCAACUACCUCGUAGCCAACAAGCCAGUAACAUGGGGAUACUGUGUCUCAAAGGUGCUCCUGGAGAAGGCGGCGUGCAGGUUCGCGGAGGAGCACGGCAUCAGCCUCGUCACCGUCUGCCCCGCCGUCACCGUCGGCGCGGCGCCGGCGCCGAAGGUCCACAUCAGCGUCCCCGCUAGCCUCUCCCUGCUCUCCGGUGACGAAGCGUCCCUCGGCGUGCUCAAAGGCGCCGAGGCGUUGUUCGGUGGGGUGCCCAUGGUCGACGUCGACGACCUCUGCCGCGCCGAGAUAUUCGUCGCCGAGAAGGAGGCGUCCUCAGGGAGGUACAUCUGCUGCGGACUGAACACGACCGUCGUCGAGCUCGCCCGUUUCCUGGCGCACAAGUAUCCUCAGUACAACGUCGAAACAAAUCUCUCCGGGGAGCUGCUUGAGAAGCCAAGAGUGCGCCUGUCGUCAGGGAAGCUGGUCAAGGAAGGGUUCCAGUUCAAGUACAGGACCCUAGAUGAUAUGUACGACGACGUCGUCGAGUACGGCAAGGCCCUGGGAAUUUUAUCCAGCUGAGUAUGGUCCGAUUAUGGUCCUUUGUUUUCUUCAACGGAAACCAGAAAUUAAAAAAAAACUAUGCAUCAUGUAUUGCACUUGCACAAUAUAAGGACCUGUUUGGCAGGAAAAGUCUCCAGCUCCGGCUCCUCUGGUGGAGCGGCUUCUCUGGUGGAGCUGAAGCCGUUUUGAAAAAUAUUUGACAAAACGACUGUCAGACCUGGGCCUACGGGACCGCACAUAUGGACUACAUCUUACAGGAUAAGGCAUAGAACAUGACCCGCGCUGUACAGUGAUUGUAACUACUCGUAGCCUAGUAGAACUACUCAUACAAUCAUACAAUAGUAAAACUACUCUUGAACCACUCGAGUAGUACUCCUAGGCUCGUAUCCGACUAGAAUUUCCAUGUAACUCUGUCCCCCCGAACAAUAUAAGGCUGGACACAAACUCCCUCCAAAAGGGGAAUCAACCAGGAUAUCACCUAAUCAUCAUCUAAGACAAUACAAACCACACAGAAUGUAGCGUAUUACGCUCUCAAUGGCCCGAACUUAUCUAAA